CAACUUCCUGGGUUGCAAUCGGUUUGCUGCACGACGAGAGAGAGAGAGAUCCUGCCAAAGUAAUGGGCUUAAUCUGCAGGUAGACUGCUUCAUGCCAAAGGGGGCUCCUUUUCGCAGCACGCGUGCAACAUCAAAAAGCCUCACAAGGACAUUGGAAAAACUAACAAGGAUUACAGUGGAAGGUGUUGGAAACGUCAAUGUACGGAUGCAACAUUCUGUUGUAUGUGGUGGACAUGUAAGAAGGUUCUGCCUGCUGCUGACCCUUCCUCUUGGUAAAGAUGCCAUCCCGAACAAAUCUUGCUGCUUCAGUCCCUAGCAGCAAAGUGAAAUAUUCCAAGCUCGCCAGUACCGAUGAAGGCUACAUUGAUCUGCAGUUCAAGAAGAGCCCUCCAAAAGUCCCUUACAAGGCUAUUGCGCUGGCUACUGUGCUCUUCUUGAUUGGCACCCUUCUCAUUAUCAUUGGAGCCCUCCUCCUCGCAGGAUACAUCAGCAAGGGAGGAACAGACCGAGCUAUCCCUGUUUUGAUUAUUGGGAUCCUGGUUUUCCUUCCUGGCUUCUAUCAUUUGCGCAUUGCAUAUUUCGCUUCCAAAGGCUAUAGGGGUUAUUCCUAUGAUGACAUCCCAGAUUUUGAUGACUAAGAAGAUUCUGCAGAAUGAGGAUAUAAAGUUCUGUGCUGUGAGAACUUGACUGCAAGUUGGGUCCAAGGAGCAAAAAAGCUUGAGCAUCUAAGUUAGCCAAGUAGGCCUGUUUUUGGGCAAUGCAAGUAUUGCAAGUAUUGUAAACCAAAAUUGGCACACAUUUUUGGCAGUAUUUUUCUUAACCAAAAGAUAACUGAGAAUGUUGCAACAUCAUGCAAUGUAAUCACGAGAGUAGCUGUCAGGAGAAACAUUUCCUCUUUCUGAGGGGAAGUUCUUGAUGUUUAGUUAAUGCAGCUGUGCUCGUUGCCUCAUGGGAUGGGUGCACAUGCGUGAAUAAGAAAAAGAAAUCAAGGUAUUAAAUUUGUAGGUAUUUCUUAAUAAUUGAUUUCUUUAAAAAGCAUAUUAUCUUUUAGAGCAGGACACCUGCAAACACUGGAACAAGCAUGCAUCCCCUUUCUAACGAUUACAUCUCAGCAAAAAAAUUUCAGAUAAAUCAUCAAGAAUCUAGAAUUUAGACUUGUUGAGGAAUUUAAAAGACACAAGGGUGGUUUUAUAAUACUAUCUGCAGUAUAAAACUUACCUCAUGUAUAGCCAUUAUUUUCUCCCUAAUAUUUCACUAUCUUUGUCCAUUCAAAAGCAGUGAUGUUAAAAUUUUUCUCAAACGAAUAUGAGGAUGGAAGACAGCAAAUCUGGAAUGGUAGGGAUGGGAUCUAGCCAUUGUUUCCAGGCUGCAAGCUAACACUUGGUGCAUGAUUUGGACCAGUAGAAGACAAUAGGGUUAUUUGUUUAUUCCCUCCUGGCAACUAGAUGAAGGCAGAUUUCAAAGCAAAUCCAAAGCAAGCAAUACAUAAAAUUAGAUUUGUGUGUUGAAGCAGAAAAUCAGACCUUUUGCCCACAGGCAUACAUCCUGUCUUUCCCUUGCCUCUCAUUAACAGACCAAAUUGAGGUGGGAGGAACCCCUUUCCAGACCCCACCAUCAGGAAAAAAGGCACAAGGAUGAGAUCUAUGGCCAGCAAACUGUUUGGUGUCACCAUUUAACCUUCUGAUUGAUGCAAAAAAGCACCAGAAAUUCAUGCGGGGGUAUUUGGCAGCCCUUAUUGAGCCUCUUGCUUCCCAGAGUGAGAUUAUAGGCUGGCUCAAUAAUGAUACGACAUCAAAAGUUUCUCAACUCUUUCUCCAUGGACUUCAGUGUACAUGGUCAGGUGGGACCCUGCUAUUCCUCUGCUGUGGCCACUGCCUAAAUGCUAUGCAAUGUUCCUGAGCUAGAUUCCUGGAAAAUUAUCUCUGUCUAUAUACAAGUUAUUCUUUGGACUUGGGUUUUUAAACUUGUGUUUCUCUCUGGAUCAUUAGCUAGAUUUUCAGUUUAUAGAGUGGAAGAGGGCAUAAAUAUGCAGUUACAGAAUAUGUAUUUAAUACAAAUAAAGAACAAGUUUCAUUUGA